AUGGCAGCCUUCAGUGUGUUCUCGUUGCUGGUGCUCCUGCUAGGCAUUGCCACCGCACGGAAUAUCCUCGAGAACCAGUGGGAUUCUGAACCUGUUGUCAAAAUAGAAUCGCCAGAUUUCGCCAUAACUUCGUGCAGUGAAACAUCGAGUUCCGGACAAGUUUCGAUGCGGAUUGAUGGUUUGGGAAUCUUUGACGCGGUUUGCGUUCAACGUCACCGGCUGUUCGGUGACGGAUGGGUCGUUAUUCAACAGCGAGUUGAUCGACACGAAGAUUUCUACCGAAACUGGGCCCACUAUCGGGCGGGAUUUGGCCGGUUGGACAAGAACUUCUGGAUGGGGCUGGAGAAGAUGCAUAGGUUGACUUCCGCAGACCCACACGAGCUGGUCGUAGAGAUGGUUAUGAAUGGAGCGUACGAAUACGCAAGGUAUACCAGCUUUGGUGUUGGGAGUGAGAUGGAAAAGUAUACUUUGAAGAAGGUUGGAAACUACAGUGGAACGGCAAUGGAUGCACUGGCAGUCCAUAAGGGUCGACCAUUCACUACGUUUGACGAAGAUAACGAUUCUGAUUUGAUUAAGAGCUGUGCAAUUAGUACUGCUGGAGGAUGGUGGUUUGCAGAUAACUGUUUGCAAGUUGUUAUUAACAGUUAGUUUUCAAAGUUAAAUUUAAAUUUCUUCGCAGCUUAUGUAACCUCAACAGAAAUUACGAUGGAUAUUUAUCAAGAAUGCAAUGGAGAGCCGGCUAUCAAAUCAAUUACUCAAGGAUGAUGAUUCGACGGACAGCAUUGUAGUUUUUUUAAGUCCAUGCAAAGUUUAUAUCCAUGAAUCAAAUAAAAUUAUGUUCAUUACAAAUA